GUGAUCGCAAAGAUGAAUCACUGGCCAUAGCCAUCAUCCGUCCGUCAGUCUCUCUCUCCGCUUUCAUCUGAGUUUCGGCCAUUUUCUGGGCACAUCUGCUCACGGAGACUGCAUUGCUCUCUUCCCUCGGGAAUGGCACACGCCGCGCUCGCUUCUUCCGUGGCUCUUCUUCCUUUCCAUCGGGUGUCAGGUGGGGGAAGCAAAUGGGUGAAGCUAAUUCCUGGGCUUUCUCGAAAACAAGGGACCUAUUUGUCGUUUUCAAGAAGUUCGAAAAGGGAAGGGUGUAGAUUUGUUGCUUCAGGUGCUAUGGGGAUCGAUGGAGGUGUUGCGGAGGUAUCGGAAGGUGAGAAGGCACCAACUAGAUACUCUUGGCCUGAUAAGAAGAGACCAAGGGUGUGUAUAUUAGGUGGUGGAUUUGGGGGUUUAUACACUGCUUUGAGACUGGAAUCACUUGUCUGGCCUGACAGCAAGAAACCUCAGGUGCUUCUUGUUGACCAAUCUGAGCGGUUUGUUUUCAAGCCAAUGCUAUAUGAACUAUUAUCUGGAGAAGUAGAAGAAUGGGAAAUAGCUCCUCGAUUUACUGAUCUUCUUGCGAGCACGGGUAUUCAGUUUUUCCAAGAUAGGGUAAAACUCUUGCAUCCGUUGGAUCAUCUGGGAAUCAAUGCUCCUCCAGGAUCUGGUUCUGGAGGGACUGUGCAGCUUGAAAGUGGCCUCCUUGUUGAAUAUGACUGGUUGGUUCUUGCUUUGGGGGCUGAACCGAAGCUUGAUGUUGUACCUGGUGCAGCUGAGUAUGCAUUGCCAUUCUCAACCCUCGAGGAUGCACUUAAGGUUGACAAUAAAUUAAAAGCUUUGGAGAGAAGGAAAUUUGGGAAGGGAUCUGAAAUUCGCGUAGCUGUUGUAGGGUGUGGCUACUCAGGAGUUGAAUUAGCUGCCACUAUAUCGGAGCGAUUGCAGGAGAGGGGGAUAGUGACUGCAAUAAAUGUGGAAACUACAAUCUGUCCAACUGCCCCACCUGGCAACAGGGAAGUUGCAAUGAAAGUUCUUUCGUCAAGGAAAGUCCAGCUGCUUCUGGGUUAUUUUGUACGCAAUAUAAGGAAGUCGAGGGACGCUGAAGAAUCUUUCUAUUUCCGUAGAAACUCUGAAGAUCCCGAAAUGCGGAAAGAGAGUGGAACCGCUAAGGGCUUUGAGGCAGAAGAUGAUGUUGAGAAAUUGAUAUUGGAACUUCAACCCGCUCAAAGGGGAUUGCAAAGUCAAAUUCUGGAGGCGGAUUUGGUCCUAUGGACUGUGGGCUCUAAACCUUCACUUCCCGAUUUAGAACCUUGGGAUACGCCCCAUGAGCUGCCUUUGACUGCCCGUGGUCAAGCGGAAACUGAUGAAACUCUACGUGUCAAGGGCCACCCACGCAUUUUUGCCCUUGGUGAUUCUUCUGCAUUGAGAGAUUCAGAUGGAAAGAUUCUUCCAGCCACCGCUCAGGUUGCUUUUCAGCAAGCGGACUUCACUGGUUGGAAUCUGUGGGCAGCAAUCAAUGACCGUCCUCUUCUGCCUUUUAGGUUUCAGAACUUGGGUGAGAUGAUGACACUAGGAAGAAACGAUGCUGCAAUUUCACCAAGUUUCAUUGAUGGAUUGACCGUGGAAGGUCCAGUUGGACAUGCAGCAAGGAAAUUUGCAUAUCUAAUAAGAUUGCCCACGGAUGAGCAUCGAAUUAAAGUGGGAAUGAGUUGGCUUGCUAAGUCCGCCAUAGAUUCAGUCGCGUCACUUCAGAGCACCCUUACGAGAGUUCUUUCAGGCUAGCAAAUCUUUUUUUCAUCUAAGCUCAAAUUUUUUCAUUGUUCAUUUAUGAAACCAUUUGCAGUUUUUACGUCGCUUGGCGGUCAUUUUAGAGGAAAAGGAAUUUGACAAUGAUAACUCACCAGUUGUGCAGCUCCACAGCCUGAUAGUCAACUUCUA